AUGGAGAUUAUGUCUGGUAUUGCGGUGGAGAAGAAGAAGUCGAGUUCGAAUAGGAGGAGGACGAGGGGGGGGGAUGAGGAGAGGAGGAGGAGGAGGGAGGAGAGGGAGAGGGAGGGGAGGAAUAUAUACGUUUAUGCGCCGGCUAGGGAGAAGCGGUCGCCGAGGAGGCAGGACGUGAGGGUUGAGGCGUGUAGUGGGGAGGAGGAGUUGUCGGCGGUGGAGGAGGAGAGGAGUGAUGGGAGGGAGAGGGAGGAGAGGAGGUCGUCGGGACAUCGGAGGCGCAGGCGCCUGGUGGAGGAGGAGGGGGGUGCAAGGCAUAGGUCGUCGGCGUCGUUGAGUCGGAGUAAGACGUCUAGCCAGCGGAAGGAGUCGAGUCAGCCGUUCAGCUUUCUGCGAAGGACGUUAUCGUCCGCCAGCGCGCGUCCCGACGCUCGACCUGUUAUCAAGAGAGCGCAUACCACGAGUAAUACCCAUCUCCCGAAGAAGACACACGAGUCCACCGGGCCACAAACCCCCAAACGCUCCAUCUUCCUCGACAUGUUCACUCCAGCCAUAAAAGAAGAAGAGCCCGUGAAACUCGUCGAAUGCCUCACCUGCCUCUCGGACGACAUCCCGCGCCGCAAGUCCGCAAAACUCAAAUGCGGCCACCGCAUGUGCCACUCCUGCCUGCGUCGGAUCUUCAAACUCUCCGUCACGGACCCGCAACACAUGCCUCCCAAAUGCUGCACCGCGGACUGCAUCCCGCUCAACCACGUUGACAAGCUCUUCGACAUCCCGUUCAAGAAGCUGUGGAAUAGGAAGUUCCAGGAGUAUACUACUAAGAACCGGAUUUACUGCCCGUCGAGGAGGUGCGGGGAGUGGAUCAGGCCGGGGAGUUAUGGGCAUGAUGGGAAGGGGGGCGGUGGGAAGUUUGGGAAGUGCGGGAGGUGUAAGACGAAGGUUUGUAUAUUGUGCAGUGGGAAGUGGCAUGGGAAGAGGGAGUGUCCGGGGGAUGAGGAGACGAAUCGGUUGUUGGAGGCGGCGAAGGAGGCUGGGUGGCAGAGGUGUUAUAGUUGUCGGACGAUGGUGGAGUUGAAGGAGGGGUGUAACCAUAUGACUUGCCGCUGCACAGCAGAAUUCUGCAUGCUCUGCGGCCUCAAAUGGAAAAUCUGCGCCUGCCCCUGGUUCAACUACGACAACAUCGCCGACAACGACCGACUAGGCCACAUGCGCGUCCACCUCCCCCCUCCCCCCCCCCGGGCGCUUUCCCCGCCGUUCACAACCAAAUCCCCAUCCCCCCGCCUCCCCGCCCACCGCGCCUCCGUCGUCGAAACCCCGAUGAUUUGGCUAGGGGCAUGAGGGGUCUCAUUAUCAACGCCCCCUCUCCCCCUCCCCCCGCACCGCCGCCAGUCCCAGUAGCGGAAUGGAAUUAUGGGUUUGGAGUCUGGAAUGCGGCGGAUCAUCAUAUGAAUGAGACGUAUCGCCGACCGGCCCCCGCGCCGCCCCAGGAAGUAUACGUUGCUCGCGGUAACUACUCGCCGCCUGCGCCGCCCGCACCGCCCGCACCACCGCCGCUCGCGCAAGCAGCGGCACUAGAGGCGUUGAAUGCAGGGUCCUCGCAGGCUGCGACGCUGCAGAGGGAGAGGGAGAUGAGGGAGGAGAGUGGGAGGAGGGAGGAGGGGGAGAGGGUGGCGAGGGAGGAGAGGAGGAGGAGGAGGAGGGAUAGGGAUAGGGAGGCUGCUGCUGCUGCUGCGGCGGCGGAGGCGGGGGUGAGGUCGAGUGUUAUGGCUGGGCUAGG